GCGCGCCGGGGGCGGCGCACGGCGCACCGGGGCCCGGGCCCGCCGACGCGACGCAGGAGGCCGACUACCUGCUGAGGGCCCUUCGGUCCCUGUACCAGGACGGCUUGGAGCCCUCCGACCACCACGUGUCCCGCCGCCUGGAGGAGACCAUCGGGGAGCGGUGGGACUACCCGAAGAUCCGGCUCGUGGCGCGUUCCAUCCCGGGCGUCAG